AUCUCACCCCCCUCCUCCCCUCCUGUUUUCCUCUCCCUCCCUCCCUCCCUCCCUCUCUCUCUCUCGCUCUGCCUCUCCAGUAUUUUCUCGGUUGCCGUGAAGAAGGGCAGAACACACACACACAGGCGGCAGGAUGUCGAUCGUCAGCAUCGUUGCCAGGGAGAUCUUGGACUCCCGGGGAAACCCCACUGUGGAAGUGGACCUUCGCACAGAGAAAGGUCUGUUCAGGGCUGCGGUGCCCAGCGGAGCAUCCACGGGAAUCUACGAGGCUCUGGAGCUCCGAGAUGGAGACAAGAGCCGCUACAAGGGCAAAGGUGUUUUGAAGGCAGUCGGGCACAUCAACGAUACUCUGGGUCCCGCUCUUAUAGCCUCUGGCAUCAGCGUGGUGGAGCAGGAGCAGUUGGACAACACCAUGAUCGAAAUGGACGGCACAGAAAACAAAUCUCAGUUUGGGGCCAACGCCAUCCUGGGAGUGUCUCUAGCCAUCUGUAAGGCCGGUGCGGCGGAGAAAGACGUCCCCCUGUACCGCCACAUAGCCGACCUGGCAGGAAACACAGAGCUGGUGCUGCCGGUUCCUGCCUUUAAUGUGAUAAAUGGAGGUUCCCAUGCAGGUAACAAACUGGCCAUGCAGGAGUUCAUGGUUCUUCCUGUUGGAGCCGAGUCUUUCAAGGAGGCGUUGAGGAUAGGAUCAGAGCUGUACCAUACGCUGAAGGGGGUGAUCCAGGAGAAAUACGGCCAGGAUGCUACCAAUGUGGGGGACGAGGGAGGAUUUGCUCCCAACAUCCUGGAGAACAGUGAGGCUCUGGAUCUGCUGCAGACAGCCAUAGAGAAGGCCGGCUUCACGGACAAGGUGGUGGUCGGGAUGGACGUGGCCGCCUCCGAGUUUUACCGCGAGGGGAAAUACGACCUGGACUUCAAAUCCCCGCCCGAUCCAGAGAGACACAUCUCCGGAGAGGAGCUGGCUGACAUCUACCAGAGCUUCGUCAACAACUACCCAGUGGUGUCCAUUGAAGACCCGUUCGACCAGGACGACUGGGAAGCCUGGUCCCGUCUGACGGCCCAGGUGGGGAUCCAGGUGGUGGGGGACGACCUGACGGUGACCAACCCUAAGAGGAUAGAGAAAGCUGCGGAGGAGCGAGCCUGCAACUGCCUGCUUCUCAAAGUCAACCAGAUCGGCUCCGUCACCGAGGCCAUACAGGCGUGUAAACUGGCUCAGGCGAAUGGUUGGGGCGUGAUGGUCAGCCAUCGCUCAGGAGAGACAGAGGACACCUUCAUCGCUGACCUGGUGGUGGGACUUUGCACUGGACAGAUUAAGACUGGCGCUCCCUGCAGAUCUGAGAGGCUGGCCAAGUACAACCAGCUCAUGAGGAUUGAGGAGGAGUUGGGCGACCAGGCGCGCUUUGCAGGCCAUAACUUCAGGAACCCCAGCGCCCUGUGAACCUGACACCUGACACACACACACACACACACAAACACACACACACACACACACACACACACACAGACAGACACGACAAACAUGAAACUAGCCAUGCAAAAUGAAAGAUCACACGAAAGAACACACGAGCAAAAGAGCCAAGCAAAAAAUUAAAAAUUAAAUAAAUUAUGCACUGGAUUUAUAGAGACAAUGCUGUAUGCACACACACACACACACACACACACACACACACACACACACACACACACACACACACACACACACACACACACACACACACACACACGCUGACAGACAUGACAAACAUGAAAUGAGCCAUGCAAAAUGGAAAAUCACAUGAAAGAACACACAAGCAAAAGAGCCAAGCAAAAAAUUUAAAAUAAAAUUAAUUAUGCACUGGACUUAUAGAGACGAUGCUGUAUGCACACACACACACACACACACACACACUAGAUUACACAGAUGCAACACACGCUCACGCAAAUGCAAAUGCAGGGGAAUAUCAUAAAAACAUCAAAUUUAUAAGCCAGACAUGCACUGUUACUGUAGUUUUAAAGGAAUAGUUCAUGUACAGCCAGAGGACAGACCUGCAGAAAUAAAGAUUAUUGUUGUAAAAACAGAGAGAUACAUAAGUAGAGAUAUAAUAGAAUAAUGUAGACUGACGCACGCAACUGAAGACUUUCAGCACCAAAAGAGAAAGAUGCACUCGCAGAAACAGCGGUUUCAGGGACUGAGUGAAAAAAAAACUAAAAAAAAAACUACACAAACACAUGAACACUUACACACUCUGCUGUGUCACACUCUCACCUGGACACUGAAGUACCUGCACUCCACCCACUUCUGUCCUCCCCCCUCCCCCUUUUUGUCUCCUUUCUCUUCUCGUCGUGUCUGUUUCUCAGUUUUCUAAAACCCCUCUUUUUCUUCCCGCCCUGAUGUGAUUCUGAUUAUUUGUCCUUUAUGCUUGAAAAAUCCCGCCUUUGUCCUAAAGAAAACGAAAAAAAUAUCUAAAUCCCCUACGUUCAUUCUGUUCCUCCUGAAUGUCAAAUAGAAUAGCUGUGUUGAAAAAAAGAAUAAAGAAAAAUUAAAAACAGA